AUGAUUUUCCUCAAGCGUUGCAGCAAGGGCAACAUUCAGAGCGUCAUCUUGGUCUACGUGGACGAUUUUCUGGGCACGUUCCGUUCCGACUACAAUUUCAGCGAGGUCGAAGAAGCGUUUCAGUGGGGAUCCCUGGAGUUCCUGCAGGUCGGCAAACCGAUCGUCUUCAAAGGGAAGGAGGUCGAGUUGUUUGCCAGCCCGAACAACGCUAAGCGCUUCCAGCUCAAGCUCACUCAGAAGGCCUUCCUGGACGGACUUCUCCAAGGCAAACUUCCACGUGGUUGUGACCUCUUGGCUGCCCUUGACAAGGAGCACAGGGAAGAGUUCCGUUCAGUGGCCGGGUCCCUACAAUGGCUUGCCGGCCAGACCAGGCCGGAGCUGGCACCCGUGAUCUCCCUAAGCAACAAAGGGGAGGAAACCUCCUACGGAGAUCUCAAGGCCUUAUAUUCGGCCCUCGAGUUCGCCAAGCAGACUUCUGACGAGGGACUAGUUCUUGCUGAUGUUCCUCUGCGAGCUUCGACCACCUUGGCGAUGGGUGCUGACGAAGCGGUCGACCGAAGCGCCUACUUGAACCUGUUCAUCUCCGAGGUGAUCACUGGAGUUCCUGCUCACCGGGUUCAGCCUGCUCUACGUCACCUUCAUGUGACAGACGCCAAGUCUCUUUAUGAUGUCUUGGAGUCUGAGACUCCGAACUUAGCAGACAAGCGUAGCCUGGUGAACGUCAGAGCCGUUCAAGAAGUGGUCUCAGGGGAUUCCGUGCACUGGGUUCCAACGACCUUGAUGAGGGCAGACGGCCUCACCAAGAUCUCUUUUCUCUUGAUGGAGGAGCUCCAUCGAUGGCUCUUAAAGCCGAUCAUCGUGCUUCGUGAUGUUGUUGCCAAAUAA